ACGUGCGGUCUGAGUACUGUUACCUGACGUGGGAAGAGGACUCGUGUGCCAAGCCCGUGCCCGGCCGUUUCCGCAUGGACGCCUGUUGCUGCACGAUGGGCGCCGCCUGGGGGAAAGAGUGCGAGGCGUGCCCCCUGCCUGGCACUUCCGAGUAUGACGCCCUCUGCCCCCGAGGCCCAGGCUUCGCCAACCGAGGAGACGUCCUCACCGGAAGGCCCUUCUAUAAAGACAUCAAUGAGUGUAAGGUGUUCCCCAGAAUGUGUGUCCAUGGAAAGUGUCGCAACACCAUAGGCAGUUUCAGGUGCCACUGCGCCGGAGGAUUUUCCCUCGAUAUGGAAGAACGCAACUGCACAGACAUAGAUGAGUGUCGUAUCUCUCCGGACCUGUGUGGCCAAGGGGUUUGUGUCAACACUCCGGGUAGUUUUGAGUGUGAGUGUUCCGAGGGCUAUGAGAGUGGCUUCAUGAUGAUGAAGAACUGCAUGG